CAGAAAAAUGGAAAAUGUCACCAAAGUUGAAUGCACAAUAUUUCCUGAUAAUCCUCACCAAUGUGAUGUUGUAAUAGCAGUUCGAAGGACAACAGGAGCCUUAUCUUUAGUAGGAUGUUUCUUUAUGAUAGUUGUGAUAUGGCUGUUCAAGAAGUAUACUGUUUUUGCACAGAGACUAAUUUUAUACCUCAGUAUAGCAGCAUUUUUUGUAUCCAUUGCCUAUCUGAUGGGAGGUCUUGUUCCUGAUGGAGCCACUUGUCAUUUUCAAGCUUGGUUUUUACAAUUUUUUGAUUUUUCAGUUCUGUUAUGGGUAGCCUGUAUAACUUUUAAUUUAUUUAUGAAUGUUGUCAGAAGGACAACUACAGAGAAGUUUGAAUGGUUGUACCAUGUAUUCUGUUGGGGAGUACCAUUGGUAUUGUCACUUCUUCCAUUUAUAAAUGACCACUAUGGACCUGCUGGUGCUUGGUGCUGGAUAGAGUCUGAUGUUGGUUGGAGAGUAGGCAUAUACUAUGGACCAUUGUUUGUUAUAUUGAUAGGAUUAGUUAUCACAUAUUUAUACAUCGUAUACAGCUUAUAUAGAAAGGCCUCCAGCUGGCAAGGUACAUAUGAUCCAGACACAGAGAGACAGAAACAAAUGUUAAAGGAGGAUAUAAAGCCUCUAACAGCUUACCCAUUUGUUUACAUUGCUGUUUCUAUAUUUCCACUAAUAAAUAGGAUACAGAAUGCUGUUGCACCAAACUCUCCAGUGUUUGCUCUUGUUGUGCUACAAGCUCUAUCUUCUCCAUUACAAGGUGCUGUAAAUGCUGUUGUGUAUGGUUUAGACAGAGAAACUUUCAGCAGACUUACACCAUCACAGCUAAAGAUUGCCAUUCAGCGUAAGUUUCAGCGUGACGAAGGUAUACAGGAAUACACCCCUAACUAUGACAUGGCACAAUCCAUAGAGCAUGAAGAAGACCAUGGUACAGACCAUCAAGAGUACUAAGGAACAAAUAUAAAACAAAUGAUAUUCAUGUGCAGGAAACUGUUAUAUCAUUAUUUAUUUAUACAUGUAAUGCUUUUCACAUCCUUUAAAAAAAAUCAUUGCAAUGCAACUGCUUUUUUGCUGUCAUAUUUGUCAGGACAUUUGUAUUAAUUAAUGUUGAAUUUAAUGUUGUUAAAACAAACAUAUAAAUCCAACUAUCAUUUCCUGUCAACUUCCUCUAUGUUAUUACAUAAGAAAACACUUUCUGUUACACAUGUUCAUAAUACCUUUUUUUAUGGAUUGUCAUUUAGCAGUAUGAAAGUAAGCCAACUUUUGACCGUCUUUAAUUUUUUUAUUUUGUUCAUUAAAUCAGAUAUGUUGCUGUUUAGCUACUAGAGCUUUCUUUUUUAAAUUCUUUCCUGGCCAUUUACCAUGACCUACAAUAUGGUAGUGUCUUUAAAUAGAAUUUAACAGCAAUUUCAUUUUUUUAGUAGGGUUGAUUGCAUCAAUUUAAUGGCAUUAACAGUAAAAUGAUUAGGAAUUUGAUUCACAGACACAAACCUUGCAGGGUCAGUAACAUUAUGUCCAUGUGAUAAAAUAUGUGAAAUAUUUCAGCAAUCACAUUAUCCAAAAUAGUGGUUAAUAUUUACCUGAUCCCAAAUAGUUAAGGUACUGUGUGUAUAUUUCAAAUCAUUAGAUACUAACUUUGGUGCUAUUUUUUGGAAUGAUAUUUUCUUCUAUGUACAUUUUUUUGUACAUAUACCAUUGCUUACUGAAUUCCCAUAUGGCAGACACUUCAGAGAAUGUAGAAAGAAAGAUGAAAUUUGUGAAAAAGUACAAUUGUUAUCAUCAUGUAAUAUGCUGCUAUUUUAAAUAUAAGCUGGAUAAGGUUAAAUCUUUACUUUAAAUUAUUAUCUUAUUAUACUUAUAUACAAACAAGUCAUAUGCCUCAGCAACUGUGCUUAAUUUAUUCAAGGGAUUGAUGUUUUUGUUUUAAAAUAAUCUUUUUAAUUAAAUUGCCUUAUUACCUAUAAAUAUAUCAGUGAUGUAUUGUUUGUAAGAGAUAAAUGGCAGUAAAUAAUAUGGAUUCGACAUUAUACUGAUGUUUGAAGUAUUAGUAAUCAGUCUUUGCAAAUUAUUUACAUACAUGUUGGAUAUUAACUAGAUCAAAUAAAGGCAAUUGUAAUAUUUCAACAAAUAUUUUAAAUCAUUCCAUUUUUAUCAUAAUAUUUUUAUUAUAAGAAUAAGAACAGUAUGUUUUACUUUUUCUUUGGGGCUUGAAAGAAAUUCAGUUUCAUUUUGAAAUUAAUUUUCUGUUAGUGUAAGGUUUUCUGUAUGAGUUUAAAAUGAAGUCUUGUUCAAAAUAUGUUUAUGUUGCCAAAUUUAUGGUGAUUCAUACAAUGCAAGUUAGUAUCUGAUAAUUUGGGUAAUAAUUAUACAGUUUUCUCUCUUAUUCUUUUGUAUUUUAAUCACUUGUCAGCAUAUUUUUGUCCAAUUUAUUAAUAGUUUGUAUUUGUAGAGAAAAGGGUAUUUAAUUCUUUCAAAGGUCUAAGUAAUUGAUAACGUGUCCAAGGGGAACCACUCUGUCAGUGUAUACAUAUCACCAUUAUGAUUAUAUAUCAUUGUUAUUUAGUAGAUAAAUCUGCUGUAUAAUUAGACCAAAUAGAGCAGAUCAAUAGAACACAGUGCUUCAAAAAUAUUUACUUUCAUUUUAACAAUAUUUCUAUAUCUGACUCUACACCAUUGACCUGUGAAUUACAUGGUACAUUAAUUGGCCAUUCUUGGAAAAACUAGGAGAAGAAUUAUACGUAACAUUUUUCUUAUCAUUUGUAGAAGAAACUUAUUUUUUUCUCUUUCAACCAUUGAUAUUAAUAUGCAUCCAUUAAGUAUAAAUGUUCUGGUUUUAAAAUUCAUGAAAAGAAAAAUUUCAAAGGAGGUACGAAAAGAAACAAUGCUUUUGCCCCUGAAAUUGAAAAGAAACAAAUAAAUACUUAAACUUGUAAAACUGGUGACUUUAAUGCAGAAUAAGCAUUGUGAUGUCAUAAACAUCAUAAUUGAACUGUUUGAUUAAAAUUUCCAUUUUACAGAAAAAAUUGUUACAAUUAAAUGAGCAUCAGCCUAACGUAAAAGGAUGUUACACUUAACUUUUUUGAUACAAGAUAUCUUUUGGCAAUCAAUCUUUUUAGGAGGGAUUUUAUUCAUUUCUAAAUGGAAAUGGGAAGAUCCAAAAAGCAGGUUUAUUUGUAAUUUAAAGCUGAGAAGUCUUUGGUAUACAUGUAAGAAUCUUGUCAACAUUGGAUGCUAGUAACUGGAUAAACUCAUAGGUGUGUUUGUUUUAUUUGAAAUUCAAGGGGCCAAAUUAUAGGCCUUAUCAUACAUUCUCAUGUCUUGAAUAGAUAGAUAUUGGAAGAAUAUAUAUGAACAUCUAAUUAACUUUUUGUCUGACACUAAAUACUGAUAAAAUAUAAAGUGAAUAUAUUAUGGCAAAUACUAUUGUGUUCUGUUGUGUUCUAUUGAUGUUAUAGUUUUAUAUAAUUACUUAAUUAGUUUAACAAGUACUUAUUUUGAAUUAUUGAAGCUUUUGUUUUGCUUUUAUUGCUUACUUUAAAUAUUGAUGCUUAUUGGUGACUUUGGGACCUUUUAAUUGCCUUAGAUUUCUUUUCAUUUAUUAUUAAUUGAUCAUCUAUUCUUACAAUGUGAAUCUGUAUUAUUUGAACUUAUGAAUAAAGUAAAACCUGUUUAUUCUAUCUGGAUAUGGGUAAUGAUCUAUGAUUCAAACAGUUAACCAGUUCAUCAAUUCAUACUGAUCUCCUGUAAGUUUUUAGACAUUCAAUAUGUACCUCAUCACUGUGUACAUUUUGUAUGUCAGCCAUGUGUUUCGUGUGCAUAAGACUCAUCAGUAAUGCUCGAAGUUAAAAAGUUGAAAAGGCCAAAUAAAUUAGGAAGUUGAAGAGCAUUAAAAGGUUUUGCCAAAUACAGCAACUAUAAUCUAUUCCCAGAGUAGAAAAUCCUUAGUAUUUGGAACAAAGUUUUGUUAACAGUUAAUUUAUAAAUAUGACCAUAUCAAUGAUAACUCAUGUCACACAGAACUGCUGACUACUGGGCUGAUUUUUAUUUCUCCAACUCUUUAUGUCUUACAAUAUUACCACUUUCAUUAACCUGUAUUGAAAAUAGCUAGAGAGAUGUAUAGAAAUGACCAAAUGUUUAUAAACAACAUUUUAUUGUGUAUAAGACAUUUGUUGUGCAAUUUUAUUUAAUACCUUAUGUGAUCAGAGGCAAUUAUCACUGGUAAAGUAAAAUGAAUACAAUACUUAAAAUCUUUUUAGAUUAUAGUUAUAUUUCACUAUGCUUCAGUGUGAAGCAUAGUUUUUAUAGAGAUAUUUUUAAUAAUACCAGUACCAGACAUGCAGAAUACAAUAUACAAUUAUAUAUUUCAAUUUUAGUAAAGAAAAUACAAAACAUGUUAGGGUUUCCUCCUUAAGAUAGAUAGUGUAGAUAAGUAGAAAUGAUUUUUUAUUUCUCAUUUUUUACCUUGAGUGUAUUGGGUAAGCUGCAAUUUUGUCCUGAUUGAUUACCAAAAGUUCCAAUAAAAACAUUAAGGUAGGCAUAACAAAAUUGAGUAUGUAGGCAAACCCUAAACACAAGUUUUUUAUUUUGGCCUUAUAAGGUUUUUAUAUACCAGUAGUUUUAAUAUAUUUGAACAAAUAACACUUGUUGAUUUAUUGUUGUUGUAUUUAUAGAUUUUUAUAAUGAUAUUUAAAAUAUGAUUUAUUUUUGUAUACUAUUGUUUAAAAGAUCAAACCAUAAAUGUGAUAUUCAUUCAUAAAUUAUGAGUAUAGAAUAUGUUAUUUCCAAUACACUUCCCCUUUACUUACAUUUGUUAAUGAACAAUUUAAUUGUUUGAAAGUUAUUUAUUUGUGUCAUGUCUGUGAUGUAAGUUGUGGAAGACUAGACAGAAGUAUUGAAUGAUAAAUGGUUUGGAUUUGAAUAUGCAUAAGUACAUCUUGUUCAUAUUUUUAAAGCUACACAUGUUGAUUUCUGAAAAAAAAUAAAUUGGGUUUAAGUUUGUUCUAUAUCUUCAUGUUGUAAAUUUGUAGUUGACUUGAAAAGGUAGAUAAAAAUAAUAAAUAAUAUGUUGUAACAAUGGUUAUAUGUUAUUUUUGACUUGAGGCGAUUUUUUUAAUGCGAUUUAAUGGAUAUGCAUAGGAUUUUUAUUUUACUUUCAGAGAAAUUAAGCAAGUGAUGAUUUAAUUUAUAUCAUGAAUUAGGAGUUAAAUAUUGCAUAAGUUAAGGUGGAUAUAUAUUUCUCUUUUAUUCUUCAUUUUUUAUUUCUUUUGAAAUAUACAGGAAAAUAAAAGUGGAUCAUUUAUGCAUCACUGUUUUUAAAUUGUUCUUCAGGGAGUCAUUCUGGCUUGUUUAUAACUCCUUUAAACAUGUUUAAAGGGAAUAUAAGUUUCAUGACAUACAGUUUUUUAAAUAAUUUUGUUUCCAGAUAUUUAUUAAAAAAUUUAACAGAUUUGUAAAAUAUGUUGUAAAAAUAAAUAAAUUUUAUUGUUACAAAAA